AUGUUGAUGGUUUGGUGGGUUGUCGUUUUGAUUGAAGUUCUUGUUGAGGGUGGUGACUUUUGCGUCAAGCUGAGGCACCGACAUGCCAAGGAGGUCCUCCGAGCGAAUUCCAAUCCAUCUACCAAACCCGUCUACCAAAUUCAUCUAUCAAUACCGCCAAUUCCGUCCAUUCCAGCAGCACAUCCACCGCAGCAAGCAGCAAACCCCCAAGUAAGCAACGACACCAUCUUCAGAGCAAACCCUUUCGGGACGCAAACUACCAGAACCAGCGUAGCAUGA